AUGUUUGUAAGUUCUGGUUUGACAGGAACAUAUACGGUUCCUAGUUUUGUGACAAGAAUCGAAUCCUCGGCCAUGAGAGGAGGAAGACUUUCAAAAUGUGUCAUUGGACCUCAAGUUACAUAUUUGGGUACGUAUGUUUUGUGUGAGAGUAAAAUAACUGAAUUCGAAUUCCCUCCUCAGAUGACAUCUGUUGCUGAAGCAAUGUUUUAUGGUUGUCAUUCUUUGACUACAGUAAAAUUCACUGAUUCAAUCACUCAGAUUCAAAACUAUGCUUUCUAUGACUGCUCUGCAUUGAAAAACUUGGUUUUGCCAUCAAAAUUAAAGUCAAUUGGAAAUAAUGCUUUUGCAAAAUGCUUUGCUCUAGGAAUGUUAACACUUCCUGCAGAGUGUGAUCAAAUAGGUGAUGGUGUUUUCAAGGAGAUUUCAAUAACAAUAUAUUCAUUGAAUCCUGAAAUUCAAAUAGAUAAUUAUGUUAUGUAUAAAAACAAUCGUCAGACAAUCACAGCGUAUCUCGGAUCAGAUGAUACUUCUAAUAUUAUAGUCAACAGCAGCUGCACAUUAAUUGGAUCAGGAGCAUUUCAAUCAAAGUCAUUUGCCCAUGUUACAUUUGACAAUAACGAAAUGAUUAAUAUCUCUUCUUAUGCUUUUGCCUCAUCAACAAUCAAAUCAAUAACAUUUCCAGCAGGAUUAAAGCAGAUUGAUCAAUAUGCAUUCAGUGAAUGCAAAAGCCUUACUCGUGUAUCAUUUCAAGGAUCACAAAUUACAGAAAUUCCUGAUUAUUGUUUCUACGAAUCAAAGUUGUCAAUAAUGGAAAAAGAAAUCAACGAGUACAAAAAUGAUUUUUGGAAGAUUUUAGAAUUACGCUCUAAUUCAGAUUUUGAUGCAGUUUACAAUUUCCUUAAAAAACUUUCAGAAGAAGAUGAUAAAUUGAAAAUGUCUAUUUCAUGUGCAGUUGGAUUAAGUGAAAUUCAAAAUCCAGAAGGAUGGACUCCACUUCUUAAUGCAUGCGUUAAAGGAGAUUUACAAUUAACAAAAUCUCUUAUUGAAGGAGGCUGUGAUAAAAAUGCAGUUACUAAAAAUGAAAAUAAUUGUUUACUUCUAGCAUCAUACAAUGGACAUCUUGAAAUUGUAAAAUAUUUAAUUGGAAUUGGUUUUGACAAGAAUUGGCGAUCUAAACUUGGAUAUAAUGCAAUUCUUCUAGCAUCACAAGAAGGUCAACUAGAUACAGUUAAAUAUUUGAAAAGUAUUGGUUGUGAUGUCAACUCUAAAGCAAAUUGUAAUGCAAGUUGCAUUUAUCUUUCAUCAUGCGGUGGUCAUCUUGAAACAGUUAAAUAUCUUUUCUCAGUUGGAGCUGAUCCAAAUGAAAGAGAAAAUAAUGGAUGUCCUCCUAUAAUUAUUGCAUCACAAGAAGGUCAUCUUGAAGUAGUUAAAUAUCUUAUUCAAUGUGGAUGUAAUAAAAAUGAUAAAACAGAUUAUAACAGUUCUUCACUUCAUUGGGCAGCAGAAAAUGGUCAUUUUGAAGUUGUUGAAUAUUUAGUUUCAAUUGGUGUCAAUCUUAAUGAUAAAGACAAUGGUGGAAAAACAGCACUUGAUUUGGCAAAAGAAAAACAAUACGAGAAUGACAACUACAGAAAGAUCGUCGAUCUUCUAAAUCGAUCGGGUGCAAAAUAA